AUCAGUAUGCAAUGAACUGUACAACUGCUACGGGAGAGAAACCAGUCGGAAUCUGAACUGUCGUUUGUGAUUUUUGUAUGCGUGCGCACCACAAGGAGAUGUCCACAGUCCACAGGCCGGAGAAUCCUAAACUAAAAUCUGUAUCAACUUUUCUCUUUGAAUGGACAAGGAACACCUGGUCAAUGAGGGAGAAUUACAGAUAGAAUCUUCUGAUGUCUAGGAUUGGAGAGACUCUGCAGAAUUUCCCUUGCUGCCUUUUGUGUGCGAGGUGCAAUGGAAGGCAAAAUGAUAGCUGGAAUGUACGACCUGGAGGAAACUCUUGGAUCGGGACAUUUUGCCGUUGUCAAGCUUGCUCGCCAUACCAUCACUGGAGAUCACGUCGCUGUGAAGGUUAUUGAUAAGACGAAGCUGGAUAAGACAGCUCGCGACCACCUAUUUCAGGAGGUUCGUUGCAUGAAGCUCGUCCAACAUCCAAGUAUAAUUCGCCUUUAUCAAGUAAUCGACACUCAGUCGAAACUGUAUCUCAUCUUGGAGCUUGGAGAGAAUGGAGAUUUGUACGAGUAUAUUUCAAAGCACAGUAACGGAGUCGGAGAAGAUGAGAGCCGUGACUUGUUUCACCAGAUCGUCGCCGCGAUAGCUUAUUGUCAUAGACUGCAUGUUGUGCAUCGCGAUUUGAAACCGGAGAAUGUAGUAUUCUGCCAGAACGCGGAGAGAGUAAAGCUCACUGACUUUGGCUUGUCAAACCUCUUUGCUCCUGGAGAGAAACUGAAGACGUCCUGUGGAUCUUUGUCCUACGCUGCUCCAGAAAUUCUACUAGGUGACAUGUACGAUGCUCCUGCUGUCGAUCUAUGGAGUCUCGGCGUGAUUCUGUACAUGUUGCUCGUUGGUGAAAAGCCCUUUGUCGGUGGAACUGACAGUGAGACAUUGACCAUGAUAAUGGACUGCAAAUUUGAAAUGCCAUCGCACCUAUCGCCAGAGAGCGUCGAUUUGGUAAAGAAGCUGCUGGUCUCCGAUCCCAAGGAGAGGAUUUCUUUGGAGGAGGUAAUGUGCCAUCCGUGGAUGACCCGCUUUCCCAUCAGGCCGCAUAGCAGCCUCUCGGUGAUGCCGCAGGACUUGCGGGAAAUCGACGAGGAAGAUCGGGUGCAAAUCGUCCAGGCCAUGAUUGACCGGGGUGUUGCGGACAAGGAAGCCAUAGACAGGUCUCUAGAAGGAAAUGCGUACGACCACAUUGCGGCUACAUACUACCUGAUGGCGGAGGCUCAUUUGCGGAAGAAAGAAGAUAUUGAAAACAACCCAAUGAACCACUUGGAUCUGGAGCGCCUUGAUCGACGACGCCAGCGUGUGCGUAAGCUCUCUACGCCUGGCUCGCCUGCACGGUUUCCUGGACCAGACUUUCCCACAAGAACGGACAAUAGAGGAGACAAGCCCAGUGAUUCUCCAGCCAGGUAUCAACCUGGUAUGAUGUCUCGGCAGCAGAAUCAACUUCAACUUGACGGCACUGACUCACCAAGUGCGUCACCCGGCAGAGCUAUGCGGCGCGGCGCAGCGGAAACUGGCGUGUUGCGUCCGGUACGCAGGACAACGAUGGUUUCGAUGAGCGGAACCUUGGGCAGCCCAGGGCAAGCGCAGGGCUUUCCAACCACUCCAGACACGCCGAUCGGUCGCAGCCUGCGCCGUUCAUCGAUGACCUGCAAGCUGCAUAGCGUGAAGAGCGAAGACAACAGCAGUGCUCCUCCGCCUACCACCGGACUGGGUGUUGGUACACUGCACUUCACGUUACCGCUCUCAUCUGCGCCUUCCAGCAAUAUCAUCAGUCCUGAAGACCCGUCACCGCCGUCAAUAGACUCCACGCCGCCCACGUCCGUUGGCAUUGCCCCUAACCGGUCACUGCUUCAAAUCGAGGAGAGCGAACACGCAGACCCUGACGACUCCAAGAGCAAGCCUGAACCAGCGGAAGAUACUACUGAUGGUGGAGAAUGCCUGGCAGACUUGACUCUGAGUGUGCAGCGGCUUGCCGGCGACUUGUCGCCAGAGGCCGACAGUGACGCGCCUGCCCCGUCAACUACGCCCACUCGCGGAGGCAUGUACCCCAACUGGCUGACCGGCCACCAGUACAAUCGUGUGCGCCCUGCGAUGCCAUCGCCUCGAUCUGUCAGCCUUUCCGCUGUUCCGCAGUCCAGUCGGGGAGCCCAAGUGGUGCUACCUGUUCGCCCGACCAGUUUAUCCGCAACUCCCCAAUCCAACAAGAGUAGCACUGGCCGUAGUCCUAAGCUUGCCAGUCUUCCCAUCUCGACUAACAGAUUUCCGACAACUGCUGCUUCUGGUGACAGCACAACAGUUCGCGCGUGUUUUUCAUCGCCCCUUGACAGUUCUACUGGGGAAGUCCAGGCGGGGGCCAAUAACCACUGCCGCUUAGAUCCACUUUCGCCAGCAGUGCCUCCGUACUGUAAGUUGCCAAAUUCGGAUAAGUCCUUGCGUCAGCUUUCUGCGCCGGGCACCGCCACCACUGGCCCUAGUGUUAUUCCUAUGCCGCUUAGUGAAAGUGACAUGUACCCGUCCACGUCGGCACCUGCCACGACAGACUGUUUCGACAUUGGACGAUACAAUACGCCCGAGUCGCACGGCAGUUGGAACAGACAGCGUCGCUACGGAGAAGCGGUCAGCGAUGAACCAAUGAGUUCUCUGUCAGCCAGCAUUGAAGACAAGCUCGACGCUGCGUACUUGUCCGGCACGGAUGAGAGCAUUUCGUCGUGCCUCUCCUCAACCAUGUCCGGUUCCGUUGAGAUGUUGGAUGAAAGCGAUAUUGUGACACGUUCAUGCAAGCGGCCCCAUGACUUGACAGCGACACCAACGACAACACCGCGUCCUGUGGGCACCUGUGACAUUGGUGUUCGCAAUGUCGACACACCGCCUGCAGUUGGCAAAGUUAUGAGUAUGCAGCGGCGGCGUGCCGACGAUAGUCCUAACCAGGCUCUUCCUGUCCUGUAGGGUACGCCGUACCGUGUAAUGUCUUGUCUUCUGCUAUUGGCUGAGCUAUGACUGUCAAACCGUUCAGAUCGUCAUAUUUAUGUCUGUCUUAUUCGGCCGAAUCCCAUUGCAGGCUAAGGAUCAACUCUGACGCUAGUCCCCAUGCACUCGCCAUCAUUCGUCUUGUACCGCCCACUGCGCUUGGUCAUCAAUGAAUUGUCACUGCCACCUCUUGAAUGUUCAUUUUCUCAUUGUUUUUACCCAUUUUUUAACUACUGAUGCAGGUCUACAUCAGGUCCAAGCUUUUAUCUUCUAGUGGUAAGUUUUGUAUUAUAAAUAUGUCAUCCCUUACCAUAUUUUAUUUCAGUUUCAUGCUCCAGAUUUCCCCUUCCCUUCUUUUUUUAAAAAGAUGCUUAAUGCCGGCUGGCCGCUACUAGUACUCGAUGUUUCCAGAUACUUUCAAUCUUGAUUUUGUACAGAUCUCUCUCUCUCGCUCUCUCUCUCUCGCUCUCUCUCUCUCUCUCUCUCUCUCUCUCUCUCUCUCUCUCUCUCUCUCUCUCUCUCUCUCUCUCUCUCUCUCUCUCUCACUGUUUCUCUCUCUCUCUCUUUCUCUCUCUCUCUCUCUCUCUCUCUCUCUCUCUCUCUCUCUCUCUCUCUCUCUCUCUCUCUCUCUCUCUCUCUCUCUCUCGGCUGUGAUCUAGCCCAUGAUACCCAUGUCCCAACUCCUCAUAAUUGCACCCCUUGAGUCUUGACUGAAAUUGAUCAAUGCACCCUGACGGCUAUUUCUGCAUUUUUUCAUCAUUAUUUUCUACUUCUUUCUUCCGUUUAUUUUUCUUAUCGUUUUCUACUUCAAAGUUUGUUGUUGGCGGCCAACGCCUGCUUCUCUCUCUCUCUCUCUCUCUCUCUCUCUCUCUCUCUCUCUCUCUCUCUCUCUCUCUCUCUCUCUCUCUCUCUCUCUCUCUCUCUCUCUUUAUCUGGACGAUCAAAAGCAGCUUGACUAACUGCACUACUCUUUCACAGGGUUUGUUCAAUCUGCCUGGUCUGUUUUCAAAUACUUUAACGUUAUCAUAUUUCACGAUUCUUUUGUCUAGUGAUCAGUCCAUGGGAAGCAUGUUGCUUUACUUCGAAGGUUGUUUUGUUUUUGGCACAAGUUGAUCUCGUUUUGUGCCCCGAUUUUUUACUGUUGACUCUGUUCUUGUUUGUCUACCUUCACCUGGCUGUACGUCUUCUUUCGUUGUGAGCAGCUUUGCUGUGGA